AGGUCUGGUGCCUGCGCCCCGCGCCCCCCUUCUGGCCCGAGCCGGGCGAGAUGGGCGAGGCGUGCGAGGACCACGAGGUCGGGCCCUGGCUGGACUUCGAGGACAUGUUCCUGACCUCCCGCGUGCUGAUGCGCGCCCUCUCCGAGCUCGUGGGUCUCCUGGGAGCCCUCGCGGGGCUGCUCCCGGAGGAGGAGACCGGCGGCUGCCGGAGGCGGAUCAGCGGCACCGCCCAGGCCGCCGGGCUGCGCGAGGCGGCGGCGGCGGCCGCGGCGCGCCGCGCGCCGUGGCUGCGCGCGAGCCCGUGUGAGGCCCCGACCGCACGGCAGGAGCUCGUGGCGCCGCCCCUGAGCGAGGCGCAGGCUGCCUUGGACAGAGCGCUCUGGAGCGAGGCGACGGCGCUGGUGCGGAGCUCGCUGAAGUCACGGGGCAGGGCUGCCAGGUGCAUCCAGCGGGCCUUCCGGGCCCGCGCGGCCCACCGCGCCGACGGGCCGGCGGCGCCCUCUCCCUCCGGGGAGGCCCCGAGCAUCCCGUCAUCCGCCGGAGCAGCGCGGGCGCCGUCUGGGGGAACGAAGAAUAACAUAAUCAUAGAAGCUCGAAGGUCCGCGCGAACCCCCGAGUUUUUAUGUUUAUGUCGUCCUUCGCUCCCCUACCCUCGGACCUUGGCGCGGCGCGCGCGGCGACCCCUCUGUGCGAGAGCAGCGCCUCGUCCGACGGCGCGGCUUUCCGGUCGCAGCAUAGCUGGGCAGGGAGGUCGAGGAGCGCCAGCCUGCGGGCCGGCACCCAGACGCCGGCGACCUUGGACUGCUAGAAAUGAUCGGGGAGAAGACUCGGGCACGCCGGAACUUGGGCUUGCUGGCGCACUGUGCCGGGCCCGCCCUGGGAGGAUUCUUGACGGUCCAGCUCUCCUGGGAUGCUUGCAGCGGGAGCUCGCGUCCGAUCUAAGAUCGGGCCUCGCCUUUUUUCCUGACGGAUGUUCUGCUUAUGCCUUUCCUCCUUCCCCGAAGGUCGGGCCUCGCCCUCGUCCUGACGGACCCUCCGGCCAACCCGAGCCCCCCGAGCCCGAGUCUUGCGCCUCCCCGAAAGAGCGGGGCGGGGUAGCCCGGGCGCGCGGCGCGGUGCGGUGAGCAGGCCCCUCGUCCUCCCUGCGGCCGCCGGCUGCUGCUCGGCUGCCCCGUCUCGGCCUUUCUGAGAGGGAGGAGGCAGACAGAGGCCCCCUGACGCUUCCGGCGGCGGUCCCCUGACGCAGACAAGAGGGAUGACAGAGGCCCCCUGACGCAGGCAGAGGAGCCCAGCUUCCAGUUUCAACCGCUUGAUUGAGUGCGUACCAGAAGAAUGCAUUAUCUUGUUCGCGCCAGCCGAAGCAUGCGAUUGUGUCUCGAAUGCUUUUCACGCAGUCGUCCAUUGCUGCUCCGAUGUAGUCUUGGUGAGUGAGUCCGGUGUUCCCACUGGAACCGAAAGAGGCUUUUCGGGCCUGCCUCGGACCUCCCGCAGCCUAAGUCGGCCACGCUGUGCGCGCCGCCAUCUUGGCCCCGCGCCGCCCCGCCGCGCGGCUACCCCGCCCGCCGGGCGAGCGGUCCCGCUGCGAGGGGCGCGCUGGCCCGGGGGAGACGCGGAAGAGCUCGCCGUCGCCGCCAGCAGCGCGCGUUGCUUGCCUGCCGCUCGCGCGCGCUCCUCCUCAGAGCCCCGAGAUCAUCAGGGCUGCAUUUGGUGCAUUACCAAUCUCAACCACUUUUAGCUGGCGACGCGUUUCGGACUCUAGGUCCUCUUCUGGGCCAAAAGGCUGCGGUGUCCCACGCGCGUGCCGUGCAGCGCGCGAGCAAGGCAGCAAGAGGUCAAGAGUGCGGGGGUGA